GAGUGCUCCUCGACGCCGUGACUCGUCGACAACUUCAUUUGUUGUUCCCUCCUUGUUGUUGUUCUUCUUCUUCUCCUUGCUACUCCCCUUUACUCAUUCCAUCUUCUUCUUGUUCCUCGUUGCUUUUGCUUGUUUCUUGUUCCUGGUUCCUGGUUCCUGGUUCCUGGUUCUGCUUCUGCUUCUGCUUCCCUUCUCCAUCUUUGACCUGCGCAGAGCGCGCACGGUACCGGAAUGCUGGGUUGUCUUGUCGCCUGGAGUACUCAAAUAGAAUAAUAAACACUCGACAGAUCGAACCGCCGCGUGGACCCGCUGCGCAUCAUUGCGCCUUCAUACCUACCUGUACCGCUGGACAACCACAUUCCCACCUUCCGGACCAGACAUCUGCUGUUUUCCCCUCCACCGUCCGCCCGCCCGCUCGCGCCCCCGUUUCUCUCGCGCCCUCCUUUCCCGCGUCUUGUCAUACUGUGGGAUUGGGCGCCUGUUCUGGUGAGGUUUCUAAUCUUUGCGGCGGCGACGACGACGACUACGAAUACGACGACGACGACGACGACGACGUGAUAUUACUUCAUCCAUCACCAUCACCAAACAGACCAGAUCAGCCUUGGUUCAACAGCCAGCGCUUCCCAAGCCACUCCCGAGACACGCCAGACAGUUACCGACUGGUCCACCGUUCGUUCCCCAACUCCGUGCUACAACGCGUCGCGUCUUGCUCCAUUCGUUAUACUCUAUACAAAUAAUACCCUGUUCCGGAGCACAUGGAACGGAGACCCAUGGCUGAAAUCGUGAACCCGCCGUCUGGCACGGUGCGCUCCAACGGCAAUAACAACAACGAUCCCUUCCAGAACGAGCCUUCUGGACAUACUCAGCGAUAUGCCGCCUUCGACAACGCGCAGUUCAGCAUGUCCGCCCACUCACCUCAUUCCGCGAAACGCGCCCUGGAGGCUCACAUGCGGGAUACAGACAGGCGAAUCAAGGAUGCCGCACGACUUGGCAUGACCCUCACGUCGCAGCGAUCAGAGCUUGCCGCGAAACUGAAAGAGGUGGAGCAAAUGCAGCAAGAUGCUGAGAUGCCUGUCGAGCUACAGGGGAGGCUUGCGGAGCUUGAGCGAGAAUACAACGAGGUGGGCCGCGAAUCCGCGCGCGCUUUCCUGCCAAAGUCGAGGGUGGUCAGCGAAAGUCAAGACCUGCAGUCUGCCGCCGUCAUGUCUGGCUCUGGCCGCGAGUCGCCUACGAAAUUGGCUGCACCUUCCAGAAGACAGCGAAAUCAGCUAUCCAACAGGGUCCAUGAUAUCGAAUUCGCGACCGAGAUUAGCACUUCUCUGCUGGCUCAAGUCAGGCAGCUACAAUCUGCGCUGGCAGAGAAAGAUGAGCAUCUGAAGGACACCACGUCUGCAAAAGCCCAGCUGGAAGCGGAGUCUGCACAUCUGCUGCAGAGAAUACGGCACAUGGACGAAAGUGAGCAAAAGUACAAAGACGAGAAUUGGAAUCUGGAAACCCGUCUGCAAGAUAUAGAGGCAAGCUUGAAAGAGAGUCUGGACAAGGAGAACAGAUUGGCUCAGACGCUCAAGUCAGCACAAUCUGAAAAGGCUGCGAAGGAGCGUGAGCUGGACGAACUCCGCGUCUCACAUGAGAAGCUCAGCGAAGACCAAGCCAAUGCUCGCAAGGUCACGGACAAUGAUUUCUAUGCUCUGCAGCGUGAUCACAUGGGCCAGCUGACCGAGAAUGAAAAGUUGCAAGCCAAAGUCAAGGAGUUGACCUCGCAAAAUACUGAGCUCGCGCGGGCUGUUGCGUUCCGCAUGAACCAACAGGUCCCUCAAUCUGACACGGACUUCAUGUCCGCCGAGGAGAAUAUGCAGUCCGACGACGCAAGCCCAGAUCGCAGCGCCCCCGGCUCUCCAGUCAAAGGAACUCCGGCUCGUCAUGGCAUGCUCGAAUCAGAAACAUUAAAGUCAAGCUUGAAUCACGCGCACCGCAUGAUCCAAAACCUCAAGAACAAUAUCCAUCGUGAGAAGACGGAGAAGAUCGAGCUCAAGCGGAUGUUGCAAGACGCGCGCGAUGAGCUCGAGCACAAGCGGGAAAGUACCGGCAUUGCAGCCAACGUUGCAAAGAAGCGCAAGAGCGACAACGACGUCAAGUUCAAGCGACCUUCGAGCAACAGACUUGGCGCUGCUCGCUCCAGCACAACGGAAAUUAUCGAUGAGCCAGACUGGGAAGAUGAGACGAUUGAGCAGACUCCCAGCAAGGCCAAGGAUGGUGGUGGUGUUAUGUCGAGAGGACACACCAUGGCCGGAGUAGCAGCUGCGACGGCCUAUGGCCGAGCAUAUGGGAGGUCUGAUGGUGACACUACAGAUGCAUUCGAGACCGCCAACGAGACCGAUACUGGCUUUGAAACAGCCACCGAGCGCGGCGGUACCACCGAGAGCGAAGCUUUUGCGACUGGCGCUGAAGACGUUGGCCAUGACACCGAAGGCGAUGCCACCGAGACGGAAGCCAGCUCUACUCGCAACCCUCGGCCCACCAUCUCAGCCAAGCGCUUGUCAUACAUGUCUACUGCUUCCACAUCUGGAGACGACGAUGACGAGGAAAUCGUAGGCACGCCUGUUCGCAAUGCGCAACAACCGAAGUAUAAACUGCGUCUCGGUCGGAGCGGCAGACGCUCUGGGCGUGUGAGCGAUGUGAUGCUAGAAUCGCCACAAGCCAGUCAGGCUAGCCCGAGCUCUAGUAUGGGAACGCCGCAACCUGCUGGCAUGCAAAGUCUGGGCGACGAGCUCGAUGCUCUCGACGACGACGACAGCAUGGAAGGCACGCCUGUUUCGGAACGACAUAUGGACGAUAGCUUCAUGACCGAAACGCCCGUCACGCAACGUCAAGUCAGUGUUGAGCCAGGCACACCCAGUACGGCAACGACGUCGAUGGAUGCAAUGGACGAUGACGAACUCGCGGGCGUUUUCCCUGCCCAUCACACUCCUAUGAUCAGCCCAAGAGGUCCUUCGCCUGCCCACAGUCCUGCUGUUGCAAUCAGCAAGCCAGCGAUGGUCGAUGCGGGUAUCAUGACCGAGCCAUGGGAGCCAGAGCCCGCUGUCGAGAAGACAAGUCUGCUCCAACACGCCGGUGAAGUAGCAGCUGGCGCACUGGCGGGCUUCGGUCUGAGCAGAGUGACUGGUCCGAGCCGCGAGUCGACGCAAGAAGAGUUGCCACACAAAGAGGCCGCUACUGGCCCCACUGAAGAGAGCACAAUGAUUGAUGCGGGUGCACAGCCUGCGCAACCUCUUGAGGCGCCUGCUGAGCCAGCCCAGGCCGAGCGCAAGAUGAUCACCAUAGGUACUGAUGCCCGCGGUGUGCCAAUCACGAUCAGCACCGGCACAGACGCUCGUAUCAUACCGACGAGCAGUAUCGGAACUGACGCCAGAGUCGCAACAACAACAAUCCAUGCAGGCACAGAUCCCCGCGCACUGCCGCAGACUAUCAGUAUUGGCACAGAUGCCCGUGGCAAUCCUGUGAGUAUUAGUGUAGGAACAGCGACUGAUUUCGACACCGAACCCGAGUCGAUUCUGCUGGCAGACCUUCCACGCGCUCCUGCCUCGCAGGAGCAUUGGCCGCUAACAGCGCAAGAUACGGAUCCUGAAACGACUCUGUCCCCUGCUCAACCAUAUUCAUCUUUUGCCAGUACUUCUAAGAGCGUGGAAAACGAUGCCGAGGGGCCACAAAUGCCGGCCGCGGCGCCACCUUUAGUCCCACUGGCUCAGCUUGCGUUCUCUCAAGUUGUCUCCCAGGAGAUUGAGCCUAUUGUACCUGAUCCGAUGUCAAGUUUCAAGGCUCAGCCAUUCAGCCAAGGCCAUGGAUUCUUUGCUCCUGCUGCUGCUGGCGAUGUCUUGACGAGAGGGCCAACCGAGGAAAACAUUCCCAUGGAUUACCCUCUUGCAACGGCGUCUGCUAGAGAACCACUCGCGGAGACAGCAGCCGAUACCCCGCCGUCCAGACCACCACCAGCACUUCCGAUGAAUGACGGGGAAUCGCAAACACUCGUUACGGGCCAUGAGAUUGAUCGUAUGCUGAAGAAUAAGAAUGCUGUCGGCGCAACUCUCUUCUCGCUGGACGGCACCGAGCACUCUCCAUACAAGAAUGCCACCACUGCUGCCACGGUAGCUACAGCUCCCAGCACCCCGAUGAAACGAGAACGCCAGUCCCAGUCCUCGGACAUUCGUCCUUCGAUCUAUGAAUCGCCCACUCUGCAUCCACCUGGACGAAGACCUUCGAGCUCGGGAUCUGCACGCAAGAAGGAUGCUCUGAUCAGCGCCCCUCCGCUGCCUGCAGACCACUAUGUUAAGAUUGCUGCAGCACAGCAGCCUGGCUCCCCAGAGCAGCCAGCAUCUCGAGGUAAUAUGGGUCCACCAAUGAUGCCUGCUUCCGCGUAUAAACGUCCCAACACUCCAAGCAGCCGGCCAUAUUACGAGCGCGCAAUUCACUCGCGCGACUCUACAACACCUCGACCGGUGCGAACGAAGGACAGUCGCGGAACAGUAGCAAACAUACGGUCAGACCGGGUAUCGCAUAGAACGUCGGUAUCGUCGUUUGCAUCCGAACUGGAUGAGCGUUUCAACAUGGAACGAGGCCACAUGGUGUUACCACCAGACGUCGAACCCGCCACGGAUCCACGAAUGAUACAAGCGAUCACACAAACCAUGAUCGGAGAGUAUCUUUGGAAGUAUACUCGCAAGACGGGUCGCAACGAGACCUCCACCACGCGCCAUCGGCGAUUCUUCUGGGUGCACCCCUAUACCAGGACGCUAUACUGGAGUGAGCAUGACCCGAGCACUGCUGGUAAGAGCAUGAUGAAGGCCAAAAGUGUCGCCAUCGAAGCUGUGAGGGUCAUUUCCGACGACAACGCGUUCCCGCCUGGCCUGCACCGCAAGUCUCUCGUGGUCAUUACUCCGGGCCGUGAAAUAGUAUUUACAGCACCUACCGCACAAAGGCACGAGACGUGGUUCAAUGCGUUGUCUUACUUGUUGCUGAAGACCGAAAGGGAACACAGGGAAGCAGAAGACACGAUGAGUGAUGCUGAGCUGGAAGAGUUCAAUCCUCGUGGAUUCGGUGGCACCGUCCGCAAAAGCAUCAGUAAAAUGGCCGGAGGUACCGUCAAUGGACGCAGCACGAGCCGACAAAGCCGACGAACAAGCCUCAGCAGCUACAACAGCCGCACCACGAGAACAACCAGUCCUCAGCGGAAUGAUGCCACCCUGACUGGAAGGACAUCAGCGGCAUCGCACUACCCGAAGCCACCCCCUGCUGCAGCAAACGCCACACUUCGUGCGGGUAGCACACAAGGGCGGUUCAGCUCCAUGGCGUCCCGCUUUCGACCCGGGAGCAGCCAUCGGGCGCACUCUGCAGCGAGCAAUCGAAGAACAGACCCUGCCGACCCCGCAGGCAUUUACGAUGCGAGUAUUGUGGCGGAAUCGGCAGAAGAUUUGAGAGCAGUGAUUGAACAGCAAGAAAGAGAUGCGGAUCGCUUGGAGAACGUGAGGGCCUGCUGCGAUGGCAAACAUGAUGUUGGGAGUUUGAAGAAUCGAAGUGGGCACGUGAGCAACAAGAGGAGGUUCUCCGCGAAUGCGCAUGCCCAUGCGACACCGUCUAGUCAGACGUGAGGCGGCGAAGCCUUUUUUUUUUCUCUUUUUUUUCCUUAUGCGUCUCAUCAGCGACCACUUUUCCUUAGUGACAAUACAAUCCCUGGCCAUCUCGACUAGGACAAUAGUUUCUUUUUUCCUUUGGGGCUUUCUGAAGUUGGCAGUGCAUGUGAACGGCUGGCUUAUGGGUGUGUACAUACAAGUGAGCGGGAAGGAUAAUGUGUCAGCAUCCAAAUUGUUCUGAUGCACCACGGGCGGAAAAGGACCAAAAAAAGCUCUAUUUGUAGAGAAAAUUCAUCAUGACAUUUAUUUUGAUCGAU